AUGACCCCCUCGGCAAUCAACGGGCACGCGACCCACGGGGCCAAUGGCUCCAACGGGUCCGGGCCUCGCCUUCACAGGGCUGAAGAGCUCGACGAUCUCAUCAGCGCGGUGAGACAACUCAUCGUUCCUUUUGUCCAAGCCGCCGACGAUGCUGCGGCCGACCGGGCGUCGGGCGACCUCCCCGUGGACGCCUCGGGCCGGUCCCGGAACGUCCUCGUAGACACGCAGAAGCCCGCCGAGCUGGCGGCCAAGCUCAAGUUCAUCCUCCCGGAAGAGGGACAGGGCAAGGACGGCCUGCUCGCCGGCAUCGAAAAGGUGCUGCGGUACAGCGUCAACACGUGGGACCAGGGCUUCAUGGACAAGCUGUACGCCAGCAACACACCUGUGGGCGUCAUCUCAGAUCUUGUGCUGUCCGUCUUGAACACCAACCUGCACGUCUACCAGGUCUCACCAGCGCUGAGCGUGAUCGAGAAGACGACGGGCCGCGCCCUCGCCAACCGCUUCGGCUUCGCGGGUCCCUUUGCCGGCGGCAUCACCUGCCAGGGCGGCAGCUCCUCCAACCUCACCUCCCUCGUCGUCGCCCGCAAUGCCCUGUACCCAGACACCAAGGCUGCAGGGACCCGCGGACAUGACUUUGUCGUCUUCACCAGCGCCCACGGCCACUACUCGGUCGAGAAGAGCGCCAUGAUCUGCGGUCUCGGCGAGUCGAGCGUGUGCAAGGUCCCCGUCGACGACACGGGCGCCAUGCGCGCCGACAAGCUGCGCGAGCUGGUUGCACGCGCCAAGCAGCAAGGCAAGACGCCGCUCUACGUCAACGCGACGGCCGGCUCUACCGUCAGAGGCUCGUAUGACCCGUUCGAGGACAUCUCUAGGAUCUGCAAGGAGUUUGGCAUGUGGAUGCACAUUGACGCCAGCUGGGGCGGGCCGGUUGUCUUUUCCGCGCAGCAGCGGUGGAAGCUUAGGGGCUCUCACCUGGCCGACUCACUCACUGUCAACCCGCACAAGAUGAUGAAUGCCCCGACGACAUGUUCCUUCCUGCUGGGUCCAGACAUGAGGGUGUUCAACAAGGCCAACAGCACGACCGCGGGUUACCUGUUCCACGGCGGCGACGACGACGAGAUAUGGGACCUGGCGGACCUCACGCUCCAGUGCGGCCGGCGAGGCGACAGCCUCAAGGUUGCGCUUGCCUGGCUGUACUAUGGUGCGAGUGGGUUUGAGCGGCAGAUCGACCAUGCCUUUGACAUGGCCUCGUACCUUUACGAGCUGCUCGAGCAAACGGGCGACUUUGUCAUGCUGUCGAGCAACCCGCCGCCGUGCCUGCAGGUGUGCUUCUACCACGCCCCCGGCGGGAAGCUGGUCGACGACGCCGCAGCCAACACGCAGCGGACACAGAGGAUCGUCGAGAGACUGAUCCGGCGCGGAUUCAUGGUGGACUACGCGCCCGGCGACAAGGGCAGCUUCCUGCGGGUGGUGGUCAAUGUGCAGACGCUUCCGACGACGGUCGAGGGGCUGGCCAAGGCGAUACACGAGAUUGCAAAGCAAGAGUAG